AUGGCCUCGAGGCGGCCGCUGACCGCCGGGCUCCUGGCCGCGCUGGUCUCUCUGCUCUGCCUUUGCAAGCCUCUGUUACUCCCUAAGGUCCGCUGCGCCGGGGUCUUCGAACUGCAAAUCCACUCUUUCCGGCCCGACCCAGGGUCCCCGGGCACCCCGAACUCCCCGUGUGGCCCUCAGGGUUCCUGCCGUCUCGUCUUUCGUGUCUGCCUGAAACCGGCGCUGCCAGAUCGGAGCCCAGAGCUGCCGUGUGUCCUGGGAGCGGCGCUCGUUUCUCCGGAGGCCCCGAACUCCGAGGACCCCACCGAUCCCGGACCGCAGCUCUCCCUGGUUGACGGCCUCAUCCGUGUGCCCUUCCGUACCGCCUGGCCGGGGACUUUCUCGCUAAUCAUCGAGUCCUGGAGGGAGGAACUUGAAUCCAGGAGCAAGGAAGAGUCGGGGGAGAAGCUUCCAGGUCCCGAUCGGAGUCUGCUGAGUCGGCUGGCUGGGCGGCACAGGUUGGCGGUGGGCGGACCCUGGGCCCGGGAUGCCCGGCAGGCCGGGGGCUGGGAGCUGCUCUUCUCCUACCGGGUCCGCUGCGAGCCUCACUACUACGGUCCCGCCUGUGCCCGCCUGUGCCGCCCUCGGGACGACCCCCUGGGCCAUUUCCAUUGCGGCGCCAACGGGGAGCGCGUCUGCAUGGACGGCUGGACUGGAGACAUGUGUGCCCGGCCCGUUUGUCAGUCAGGCUGCAGCGCUGCGCACGGUUACUGUGAGCGACCUGCUGAAUGCCACUGCUACCAAGGCUGGACCGGCCCCCUCUGCACCAUCCGGGCCCCCAGCGGCGGCGACUGCUCCAGCCUCCAGCCAUGUGCCAACGGGGCCACCUGCUCCAACCUCCCAGGAUUCUCCAGCCGCCGGUGCCUCUUCCCAGCUGGCCUGUGCGACGAGCACCCGUGUACCAACGGUGGCAGCUGCAGUGUAGCAGGGCCAAGAUUUCACCCCCACCCCUUCCGCUUCCAGGAGGUGGCCGGGGACUUCGAAUGUACAUGUCCACGGGGCUUCUAUGGGAAACGAUGUGAGGUCAUCGGGAUGACGUGCGCUGAUGGGCCCUGCUUCAAUGGGGGCACCUGUGUGGAUGGCGGAACCCCUGCUGGUUACACCUGCCGCUGCCCACCAGGCUUCCAUGGGUCCAACUGUGAGAAGAAGAUGGAUCGCUGCAGCCUCCAGCCUUGUCGCAACGGUGGCGUUUGCCUGGACCUGGGCCGGGCCGUGCUGUGCCGGUGCAGGCCCGGCUACGGGGGCCCGCGCUGUGAGCGCGACCUGGACGACUGCGCCGGACGGCCCUGCGCCAACGGGGGCACGUGCGUGGACGGCGCGCACAGCUUCCGCUGCUCGUGCACGCUGGGCUUUGGGGGCCGCGACUGUCGGGAGCGCGCAGACCCCUGCGAUCCCCAGCCUUGCGCGCACGGUGGCCGCUGCUACGCGCACUUCUCCGGCCACGUCUGCUCCUGUGCGCCGGGCUACAUGGGCGCGCGCUGUGAGUUCCCCGUGAAUCCCGGACCGGCGGACGGAGAGGGCUCGGAGCUCCCGCCUGCUCCCGCCCCGCCCCCGCCCGGACCCCACCACGGGCCCCCAGAGGCGGCCCGACGCAGGCACGUGCCCCUGCCCCCCGCCUUGGGGCUUCCCUUCGCUCUGGUGCUACUGCUGGCUAUCGUGGCGGGAGGCGCCGCCCUCCUGGUCAGAGCCCGGGCCCGGCGGCGGAGUCCGGGGGCGCGGCCCCUUCCUUCCUCCCCGGACCCCGUCCCGCCACCCCCGCCUCCAGCGGACGCACUCAACAAUCUCCGGGCUCACGACGGCGGCUCCUCGGCGCCCCUUUUUCAGGGUCCCGGCAACUUGAAAGCGCCCAAGUGCGAGCGGACGCAGCGACUGCUGGAGUACCCGUCGGGGAUGAGGGCUGAAGAUUGGUGCUUUCCCGAGGACAGAGAUCCCCGACCCAUUUACGUCAUCCCAGACUGCUCCCUCUGUGGCAGAGAGGUCUGACUCAACCUUUCCAUGGACUUCACACUCAAGAUUCCUCGUAGACAGAGACAUUAACAUAUUUAUUCCGCUGCUGCUGUUUGUGCAGACAUUUCCCCUCUUCCUCCCGGCACACUCAAGGGAGGAGGAAACCGAGGCCUGCAGCAGGCAGGAAAAGUCACCUGGAGAAAGGGAGCUGCCCUGAUAGCCCACUUCGGGGCGCCUCUUCCCGAUCAACUCAGGAGUUCUGGAUUGGGGGGAGUCAAGGACCUCACCUCCCGCUCUGACUUGUGUAAAAAGAAUAUUUACAACAGUUCCCCUUCCUCAUCUCUCCGGAUUCAUAUGUGAAUGAUUUUUAUUCUACUCAGUAUUUAUUUAUUGGUCGUGGCCCCAGGAUCCCGCUAGGGCAGACUUCUCGGUCCGGGCUUGGGAGAGGUGGAGACUAAUGGCACUCAGUGGGAAAUGGGAGAAAGGGGGACAGAAGAUUUAGAAAUCCCAACACCAUCCCCUUGCCGCCACACUGGUUCUGGAGAAUCUCGGGGGGUGUGGGGCGGCAGCGUCCUGGAAAAGGUGGGCCAAAGGCAGGAGGCCAGAAAGCGGGCCUGAGGUUUUCUUCAGCCCCUGACACUGACUGUAGCUCUAUGCAAGGGGGUUUGAGGCAGGACCACCCAGACAUGGAGGGAGAACAGGCCAUCUGCUAAAAGUUCCCCCCACUUCCCCUGAUGCUUCCUUUAUUCCUCAUCUCCAGUCUUUCCAGAAAGCUUGGGUUCUAGUUUGGGCUCCAAGGGUCCAAAACUCCCCUCCUCCAAUGGCUGCAUCCAGGUUUGAGGAAGAGAGGAUUCAUUUGGAUUCUAAUAAUAAUAAAUGGUUUUAUAGGGUUCUUAUGAAAUAUCCUUAAAAAUCCUUUGCCAUUCCCAGCUUCCACAGUCUUUAAUCCCUUCUCCCUCCUCUGCCUAGCUGCUGUUUGGAGAUUGGGGAUUCUGAGACCAUCUUGGAGGAGGGAAAUGAGAGAGGCAAAGAUACAGACAGAGACAGAGACACCGAGAGAGAGAGAAAGACUGAUACCGAGAGAGAUAGAGAACACAGAGAAUUGGGGGAGGGGGAGUCCUGAGUCAAAGUAAUACUGUAGAAGGGCAUCCUGGGGCUUGGGUCGCGGUCCAGCCCCCGGCAGGUAUUACCUGGAGAGCCUCCCGCGAGGAUUUGUCCCCUUUGAGGUCUCUUUCUUAACCUCCAAAAUAAUGGGCCGAAGUCCCUCUUAAUUCCCCGUCCGCGGUCCCGUGAUUCCCAGCGGGCUGGAGGGGUCCCCUUGGCGGGCGGGACUGGCCGGGAGCCCCCUCCAGCUCCCUUGGGGCGGCGAGUGCAGCCGAACAGAGAUGGAACCGUUCCCUCUUGUGAGCGAAUCCCGAGUCGGAACGGAGGCGGCGGGGCGGGCGGGCGCUGUCAGAAGGGCGACGCCGUCCCCCGGGGCCAUGGAAACCGAUCCCUGCAAGCCCGGAGGCCCGGGCCCCCCCCUCAGCGAACCCGAACCGCUCGCUCAAAUCCAGAUCCGGGUGGCUUUCGGCAACUCCUGAAGUUACCAUUUUCGGUUCAAGAGACUGAAGAAGCAGCUGAAUGAAAUUUUCCCCUCACGCCUUGUCUUUGUGGAAGAGCAGUUACCCCAGCCCUGUGAGGAUUUUGAGGUCUUUGUGGCGGGCAAGCUGGUGCAUUCUAAAAAGGGAGGAGAUGGGUUUCUGGAUGGUUACUUCAAUGAGCCCAAACUGGUCAAAGUCGUGGCUCAGAUCCAGGAAGUGCUGAAAGACUUGUAACUUCACAGCUGAACAGAUGAAGAUGAGGAUGGAAGGCUCCCCCCACCCAACCCCACAGGACUCGAACCCUGGGGAACAGGGGUGAGAGGAGCCUGGGAAUGUUAUCUCCUGCUCAACUUCCUAUCAGGUUAUCUUUUUCCAUCUUCCUCCUCUCAAGUCCUUCCCCCCCCCCCCCCCCUCCCGGCUCCAGCUUAAUGACAGGAAAGAUGGAAAAUACCUCAGAAGCUGGGUCCUUCCUUGAUGGCUGCUGGGCACCGUGGGGGAGAGAUGUAACAAGUGUGCGCCUUUUACCUUC